GAAGGGCAGUGCUUGUAACCACGCUCGUACCUGUGAUCAGCAAACACAUCGACCCUGUGCUUUUUCUUCCCCAUUAGGUACUUCUGCGGCCACCUGGGGGUGUAUCGGCGUGAGGCCCGGCUAGCAGCAAGAUGAACGCACGGGGAGGAGGUGCCCGCUGGGUUGGACGCUCGCUAGCUGAAAGCUGAAGCGUGGUCACCUGUUGGUCUCCAGCCCAUGCAGAGCACAGCAGGAUGCGGGUGACCAUGAGGCGGGUGCUGCUGGCGGUGGGCUCGGUGGUCGCCCUGAUGGUGACUCUGCACCUUGGCCAGCAGGUCCUGGAGUGCCAGCAGGUCCUGAACAAGAGGAGGCACCGGCUGAUGAGGCCGGAGCACGAGGAGCUGGUCAUGAUGGACUCCAACCACGUCGAGUACCGCUACAGCAAGGAGAUGCCCCUGAUAUUCAUCGGCGGCGUCCCCCGGAGCGGCACGACGCUGAUGAGGGCCAUGCUGGAUGCCCACCCCGAGGUGCGCUGCGGGGAGGAGACCCGCAUCAUCCCCCGCGUGCUGGCGAUGCGGCAGGCCUGGUCCAAGUCGGGCCGGGAGAAGAUGCGCCUGGACGAGGCGGGGGUGACGGACCAGGUCUUGGACGCUGCCAUGCAGGCCUUUAUACUGGAGGUGAUCGCCAAGCACGGCGAGCCGGCCAGGUAUUUGUGUAACAAGGACCCCUUCACGUUGAAGUCCUCCGUCUACCUGUCCAGGCUGUUCCCCAACUCCAAGUUCCUCCUGAUGGUUCGAGACGGCCGGGCUUCGGUGCACUCCAUGAUCACGCGGAAAGUGACGAUCGCGGGCUUUGACCUCAACAGCUACCGGGACUGCCUGACCAAGUGGAACAAAGCAAUCGAGGUGAUGUACUCCCAGUGCCUGGAGAUCGGGCGGUCCCGCUGCCUGCCCGUCUACUACGAGCAGCUGGUGCUGCACCCCGAGCAGUCCAUGCAUGCCAUCAUGAAGUUCCUGGACAUCUCCUGGAGCGACGCCGUGCUGCACCACGAGGAGCUGAUCGGGAAGCCCGGCGGAGUGUCCCUUUCCAAGAUAGAAAGAUCAACGGACCAGGUCAUCAAGCCGGUGAACAUGGAGGCGUUAUCGAAAUGGAUCGGGCACAUCCCGGGGGACGUGCUGCAGGACAUGGCCCACAUAGCCCCCAUGCUCGCCAGGCUGGGCUACGACCCGUACGCCAACCCGCCCCACUACGGCCAGCCGGACCCGCUGGUUGUCAACAACACGCACAGAGUUUUAAAAGGGGAAUAUAAAACGCCAGCCAACUUGAAGGGGCACCUGCAGGUGAUGCAGAACACAUCAUCUUCUCACUAAUGAAAUUAAUGACUUCCAGGCUGCUGCGGACAGCGCCAGGAGGCUGUGGCAGGAGGCCGUGUCUGGAGGCCGGCUGGGUGCUGGCAGCACAGCC